AUAGUUACAGAUAAAUGUAUGUAGCAGGAAACAGUCUUAAAACAUGUAAACGCAUGAUCUACAAACUGAGAAUAAAUUAAUACUCCAUAACUGAAGAUUAACAAGUACUAAUAGGUAAUAGCAAUGUAUCGUUGAUGGUGCUAGAAAUAUUAAAAGGAUGGUCGCAAUAAUACUGACACAACUUAUAUUGGCGAUUAGCUUAAGUACCGAGAGGACGAAGCUCUCCAUACUCUUUUUGUUUGACAAAAGGGAUUUCUAUUAAGAAGACAAAACAUACAAACUAGUCUCCUUACAUAUUUUGGAGGUUAGUGUGCGAUAUGUUUAAUAUCUAACACAAAAACACAGUGAAUUAAGUUGAUAAUUAUUGUUUAAACAAAUCAUAAGUAGUUUACUCUUAUGGUACGUAUAACUUUGCUAUAAGCAUCUCAAACAUUCAUAAAAGAUGAUAUCAAUAACAAACAAAAAAAAAACAUGUGUGGUGGUUUACGAACUAAUAUAUUCUCUAUUUAAGUUCGCUCGUUCCAGAACAUACUCAACUGUGAAGUUUUUUUGUAAACCUGAUAGAUAGUCGACCAUAAAAAGUUAACAAAGGAAAACCUCACGAGAAAAAGCCCAAAACAACCCAAGCCCAAUUCCUAAAUGAAGCAAGCAUAGCCCAACAAAAUACAUAAUUACAUCUUUUCUCUUUAAUUUAAUUUAUACUAUAUUUUUUAAAUGAAGUAGUUAGUUAUGGAAACAAAGCGCAUUGUUCUUGGCCGCCACCGUGAAAUGUCAACCAGAGAAAACCACAACGGAAUCUGCAAAAACGUUCCGAAUCUCAUCUCUUCCUUCGUCGACGCCUUCGUCGACUACUCCUUCUCCGGCACCUUCUCUCCGCACCAUCCCACUCCACUCAACCACACUCCCCAAACGCGUUUCGAGAAACCAGACCGUCUCGUCGCCAUCGGCGACCUCCACGGCGAUCUCGAGAAGUCCAAGGAAGCGUUCCGCAUCGCCGGAUUGAUCGAUUCGUCGGACCGAUGGACAGGCGGGUCCACGAUGGUUGUUCAGGUGGGAGACGUGCUCGACCGAGGCGGAGACGAGCUAAAGAUACUGUAUUUCCUGGAGAGGCUGAAGCGAGAGGCGGAGAGGGAAGGAGGUAGGGUUGUGACUAUGAACGGGAACCAUGAGAUUAUGAAUAUUGAAGGUGACUUUAGGUUUGUUACUAAGGAGGGUUUGGAGGAGUUUCGAGUUUGGUCGGAUUGGUAUUGUUUAGGGAACAAGAUGAAGAGCUUGUGUAAUGGUUUGGAGAAAGAGAAGGAUCUUUACGAAGGGAUUCCGAUGAGCUUCCCUCGUGCUAGAGAGGACUGUUUCGAAGGAAUGAGAGCUAGGAUUGCUGCAUUGAGACCACAAGGUCCGAUUGCGAAGAGGUUCUUGUCCAAGAAUCAGACAGUUGCUGUUGUUGGAGACUCCGUGUUUGUUCACGGUGGUCUUUUAGCUGAGCAUGUUGAGUAUGGACUUGAGAGGAUGAACGAGGAGGUUACUAGUUGGAUUAACGGGUUAAGAGGUGGGAGAUAUGCGCCUGGGUAUUGUAGAGGAGGGAACUCUGUGGUUUGGUUGAGGAAAUUUUCGGAUGAGAGGCCUCAUAGAUGUGAUUGUGCAGCUCUUGAACAUGCUCUUUCCACCAUUCCUGGGGUUAGGAGGAUGAUCAUGGGACAUACGAUCCAGGAGGCUGGUAUCAAUGGUGUUUGUGGUGAUAAAGCUAUUAGGAUUGAUGUUGGUAUGUCCAAGGGAUGUUCUGAUGGGUUGCCUGAGGUUUUGGAGAUUCGUAAGGACUCUGGUGUGCGGAUAGUAACGUCGAAUCCAUUGUACAAGGAGAAUCCGAAUUCUCAGUUGGUUCCUGAGAGUAAAACGGGUCUCGGGUUGCUGGUACCUGUUGAACAUGUCACUAAGCAAGUUGAAGUCAAAGCUUAAAGACCUUGAAGUCAUAAUCUCUGUUUAGAUGAUUGUUUCUAACAAUGUUUGUAGCAAUUAUAGGGAAGUAUUUGUUCCAAUAUUGUAUCUGAUUCAAUACAUUUGCUAAGGGUCUCUUAUUGUUUUGAUG